GAUUAUGACGAAGUGCUACCAGAAACUCUAGAGCAGAAAGAAUAUGAAGACCCAGGUGUCUCCAUGCCCCAGAUUGUGGAGCCAACAGCCCACAUCAUAGACACAAAGCCAACAGCCACAGACUACAAAACUACAUCGUACCCAGGCACCCACGAGGUCUACGUAGAGCUGCAGGAACUGGUAAUGGAUGAGAAGAACCAGGAGCUGCAAUGGAUGGAGGCAGCUCGCUGGUUACAACUAGAGGAGAAUCUGGGCAAGGACGGGGCCUGGGGCUACCCACAUCUGUCUCAUCUCACCUUCUGGAGCCUCCUGGAGCUGCAGAAAGCCUUUGCCAAGGGUACUGUCCUCCUGGACCUGCAAGAGACUGCCCUAGCUGGGGUGGCCAGCCAGCUGCUGGACGGGUUUAUCUACAACGAGCAGAUCCGGCCUCAGGACCGAGAGGAGCUGUUCCGGGUUUUGCUGCUCAAGCACAGUCGUGCCAGAGACUUAGAGGCCCUGGGAGGUGUGAAGCCCACGGUUCUGACACGCUCUGGGUGGUCCUCACAGCCUCUGCUCCCCCAGCAUCCCUCGUUGGAGAUACAGCUCUUCUGUGAUCAGGGAGAGGGGAGCACAGAAGGGCGAUCAUCAUCUGGAAUUCUGGAAAAGAUUCCCACAGAUGCGGAGGCUACCCUGGUGCUAGUGGGCCGGGUUGCCUUCCUGGAGCGGCCGGUGCUGGGCUUUGUGCGGCUGCAAGAGGCCACACAGCUGGAGGCCAUAGAGUUACCACGGCCUGUGCGCUUUCUUUUCGUGCUUCUGGGCCCUGAGGACCCCCACAUUGAUUAUAACCAGCUUGGUCGGGCUGCAGCCACUCUCAUGUCAGAAAGGGUGUUCCGCACAGACGCAUACCUGGCCCAGAGCCGAGGGGAGCUGGUGCAAUCCCUGGAAGGCUUUCUGAACUACAGCCUGGUGUUGCCCCCCACGGACGCCCCCUCAGAGAAGGCCCUGCUCAGUCUGAUACCUGUGCAAAAGGAGUUGCUACGGAGACGCUAUCUGCCCAGCCCUGCCAAGCCAGACCCCAGCUUCUACAAGGAUACAGACCUGAGUGUGGACCAAGACAACCCUCUGCAGCGGACAGGCCAGCUCUUUGGGGGCCUUGUGCGGGACAUCCGGCGCCGCUACCCCCGCUACCUGAGUGACAUCACAGAUGCCCUCAGCCCGCAAGUGCUGGCUGCUGUCAUUUUCAUCUACUUUGCUGCCUUGUCACCUGCCAUCACCUUCGGUGGGCUCCUGGGAGAAAAGACCCGGAACCAGAUGGGGGUGUCGGAGCUGCUCAUCUCCACUGCUGUACAGGGCAUUCUCUUUUCCCUGCUGGGUGCCCAGCCCCUGCUCGUGGUUGGCUUCUCAGGACCCCUGCUUGUAUUUGAGGAAGCCUACUACUCGUUCUGCAUCAGCAACAACCUGGAGUACAUUGUGGGCCGUGUGUGGAUCGGCUUCUGGCUCGUCCUACUGGUGGUGCUGGUGGUAGCCUUUGAGGGCAGUGUCCUGGUCCGCUUUAUCUCACGAUACACCCAGGAGAUCUUUUCCUUCCUCAUCUCUCUCAUCUUCAUCUAUGAGACCUUCUACAAGUUGUUCAAGAUAUUCCAGGAACACCCACUGCAGAAGCACUAUGCCCACAACGUGACGGUGGAGCCCAAACCCCAGGCCCCCUUGCCCAACACUGCUCUCCUCUCCCUUGUGCUUAUGGCUGGCACCUUCUUCUUCGCAAUGAUGCUACGCAAGUUCAAGAACAGCUCCUACUUCCCCGGAAAGCUGCGCAGAGUCAUCGGUGACUUUGGGGUUCCCAUCUCCAUCUUGCUCAUGGUCAUGGUGGAUUUUUUCAUCGAGGACACCUACACUCAGAAACUCAAAGUGCCCAAAGGCCUGAUGGUGUCCAACUCGACAGCCCGGGGCUGGGUUAUCCACCCACUGGGCUUGUAUUCUGAUUUCCCCCUUUGGAUGAUGUUUGCCUCUGCCUUACCUGCCCUGCUGGUCUUCAUUCUCAUCUUCCUUGAGUCCCAGAUCACCACGCUGAUUGUCAGCAAGCCAGAGCGCAAGAUGGUCAAGGGCUCUGGCUUCCACUUGGACCUGCUGCUGGUUGUGGGCAUGGGUGGAGUGGCCGCUCUUUUUGGAAUGCCCUGGCUCAGCGCCACCACCGUGCGUUCUGUAACCCAUGCCAAUGCCCUUACUGUCAUGGGCAAGGCCAGCACCCCUGGAGCUGCAGCCCAGAUCCAGGAGGUCAGGGAGCAGCGUAUCAGUGGGCUCUUGGUCUCUGUGCUCGUGGGCCUGUCCAUCUUCAUGGAGCCUAUCCUGUCCCGCAUUCCCCUGGCUGUGCUGUUUGGCAUCUUCCUUUACAUGGGAGUUACAUCUCUCAGUGGCAUCCAGCUCUUCGACCGCAUCUUGUUCCUGUUCAAGCCAUCCAAGUACCACCCAGAUGUGCCCUACGUCAAGCGGGUGAAGACUUGGCGCAUGCACCUGUUUACGGGCAUCCAGAUCAUCUGCCUGGUGGUGCUGUGGGUGGUGAAGAUCACACCCGCCUCGCUGACCCUACCGUUUGUCCUCAUCCUCACUGUGCCCCUGCGGCGCCUUCUGCUGCCAUUCAUCUUUAGACAACUGGAACUUCAGUGUCUGGAUGCCGACGAUGCCAAGGCAAGCUGUGUUGAAGAGGAAGGUCUGGAUGAGUAUGAUGAGGUGCCCAUGCCUGUGUGA